GUCACGGAGCAGGAAGUGGCCUUCUGUAAUGGCGGCGUAAACAGACGCGGAGUUUGUUCAUUUCACCAAAAGACUUCAGAAAAAUCACUGAAAAACGAGUUAAACUUUGGGUUUAAAGGUCUAAUCUGGAGCAUGGCUCACAUCACCAUCAACCAGUAUCUCCAGCAGCUGUACGAGGCCAUAGACAAUCGUGAUGGAGCGUUCUGUGCUCAGCUGCUGUCGUUUAAACACCCGCAUGUCGCCAACCCACGACUACAGUUGCAGAGUCCAGAGGAGAAGUGUCAGCAGGUGUUGGAGCCUCCGUAUGAUGAGAUGGUGGCGGCGCACCUCAGGUGCUGUUACGCUGUGGCCAAUCAUGACUUUGUAGAGGCCUACAAGUUCCAGACUCUGGUCGUCCAGUCAUUUCUGAGAGCGUUCCAGUCGCACAAAGAAGAAAACUGGGCUCUCCCGCUGAUGUUUGCUGUGACCCUGGACCUCCGGAUCUUCGCCAACAACGCCGAGCAGCAGCAGCAGAAAAAGGGCAAAGGUCAACCUGGGGAGAUGUUGGAGAAAGCAGCAGAACAACUGAUGAGCUGUUUCAGAGUCUGCGCCAGUGACAAUCGGGCAGGAAUCGACGACUCGAAGAAAUGGGGCAUGAUGUUCCUGAGCAACCAACUGUUUAAGAUCUACUUCAAGAUCAAUAAGCUGCCUCUGUGUAAACCUCUGAUCAGAGCCAUCGACAGCUCCAACCUGAGGAGCGAGUUCAGCCCCGCCCAGACCGUCACCUACAAGUACUACGUAGGACGCAAGGCCAUGUUCGACUCAGACUUUAAGCCCGCGGAGGAGUACCUGUCGUACUCGUUCGAUCACUGCCAUCGCUCGAGUCAGAAGAACAAACGCAUGAUCCUGAUUUAUCUGCUGCCCGUCAAGAUGCUGCUGGGCCACAUGCCGACUCUGCAGCUGCUCAAGAAGUACGACCUCAUGCAGUUUUCUGACGUCACCAAAGGAGUCCGGGAGGGAAACCUGCUGCUCCUGAACGACGCUUUGUCUAAACACGAGACGUUUUUUAUUCGCUGUGGAAUCUUCCUGAUUUUAGAAAAACUCAAGAUUAUCACCUACAGAAACCUCUUCAAGAAAGUGUACCUGCUGCUGCAGACUCACCAGCUCCCCCUGGAGGCCUUCCUCAUCGCUCUGAGGAUGAUGAAGGUGGAGGGUGUCGACCUGGACGAAGUACAGUGCAUCCUCGCCAACCUCAUUUACAUGGGUCACAUUAAAGGCUACAUCUCUCACCAACAUCAGAAACUGGUCGUGUCCAAACAGAAUCCUUUCCCCGCGCUCUCCACGCUCACCUAGACUACACUACCCAUGAUCCUCUGCUCCAGAGGAUGCUCUGCUCCUCUGCUCCACCCACAGGACUAAACCAGGACUAAACCCGGACUAAACCAGGACUAAACCAGGACUGAAGUAGGAUCUAACCCAGGACCUAAACCAGGACUAAACUUUAACUGUUUUUGAUGAAUUGUGUUUUGUAAAAAGUGAAAUAAACGUCUCGUCCUUUUGUA